UUACAUUGCUGUUUUGGUACUUUUACUAAGUAAAGGAUCUACUUCUUACACCACUGGAAAAUAAUGUUGGUUUCAGUUCUAGACAUGUUUUAUAUAAAGUUUCCUCUCUUGGGGGAUUUUAUUCUCUUAUCCCCAAAGGACUCUUGACGUGAUGACGGCGUACACUUCAUACACGUCACCGCACGUACAACCGAAAACAGCACGGGCCCAGUUCGGUUUACACACACUUGGAUUAAAUAUCCAACGUGUACAACUUAUGUUUCUUUAAUAUUUUAUUAUUUAAAGGGGGAUUUUCUCUUCUCCCGCUGUCGCUCCGGGUUAAAGGCGGAGUGUGCCGCUCCCGCUGCUGCCGCUGCUCCUCGCGCCACACCCUCCAUUUGCUGUUGUUGAUGUUAGCAGUCUCGCGCUCUUGUAGCUCGUGCUUUCACCCUCCUGACUUGUGCCAGAGCUGGCUGUCCGUGCGCAUGCAGCAGAAUGGCUCGAGCGGCUCCAGCGGUUCCGACAGCUGCAGCCGGGAGCGGCAGACUCUGUCCUUCAGCCCGCUGCCCGCUGCUACGACGCGGGUGAGACGGUUCAUGCAGGAGCGACGGACGCUGCCUCUACCCAGGGUGAUGGUGGUAUUCUCCGCGGCGGGGGACACCGACAAACCGGGCGAUGCCAUGUCCAGCUCGGACUCUGCGGAGGACGACUUCCGAAAGCCAGCCUCCCCGGCUCCGAGCCUCACCCUGAGCAAGCCGCUCCGCUCCGAGCUGGGCACUCAGGAGCAGGAGUUUCCAGAGGUCAUCUCGCUGAACGUUGGCGGCACGUACUUCACCACUCGCCUGUCUACGCUGCGGCGAUACGAGGACACCAUGUUGGCCGCCAUGUUCAGCGGGCGUCAUUACAUCCCCCGCGAUGCUGAGGGACGCUUCUUCAUCGAUCGGGAUGGAGCAUAUUUUGGGGACAUCCUGAACUUCCUCCGAGAAGGUGAGCUCCCUCACAGGGACCGAGUAAGAGCGGUGCACAGAGAGGCUCAGUACUACUCCAUCGGCCCCCUGCUGGACAGCCUGGAGGACACGCAGCCGCUCACGGGAGAGAAAGUUCGACAAGCUUUCCUCGAUCUGCUGCCCUACUACAGAGACAAUCUGGAGCGUAUUGUGGAGAUCGCCAAACUGAGGGCCAUGCAGAAAAAGGCACGAUUUGCCAAGCUGAAGAUCUGUGUCUACAAGGAGGAGAUGCCCAUCACGCCGUACGAGCGUCCUCUUUUUAACUCUCUGCGCUUCGAGCGCUCGGACAGCGAGGCCAAGCUCUUUGAGCAUCACUGCGAGGUGGACGUUUCCUUUGGACCUUGGGAGGCAGUGGCAGACGUUUACGACCUGCUGCACUGCAUCGUCAGUGACCUGGCCGAGCGCGGCAUCAGUGCCGAGCAGCAGUGCAUCGGUGUCUGCGACAAGCACCUUAUCAACCAUUACUACUGCAAAAGGCCCAUCUAUGAGUUCAAGAUCACGUGGUGGUGAACGAGGGAGACAGUUAUGGCUUAUAGGACCAAAAAGCAAAAGGAUGGGUGUUCAGUUUUUACUACAACACGGCCAAUAUUGGUUUUUGUAUCAAAGUUGCCAAUAUUUGGUGCUGAUGUCUUGAAGUGUCACCCUUUAAAUCAUGCACUAACACAUAAGUAUACCAACAUCCAAUACCUACACUUCCACUAAUACUACUUCAAAGGUCUACUGACAUUUUAAUGCUGACAUUUAGGACGCAUUAUUUAACACAGACAAGCUGUCUACGACACGUCUCAGCCUUAUUUUUCAGUUUCGCACCUUGUCUCAGCUAGUGUUGACACUUCAGCGUUCAGCCACAGCGCUGCUGUGAGGUCAGUGCUCAGAGUCCAAUACACAGUCGCUGUUCAUUAUAACUGAAGCAUGUUUGUCUGUCAGACAUGUGUGAGACUGGCGAAUGAAAAACAAGUUGGUGUGAACAGCCUGUUGUGUCCAACGGAACAAAUUUGCUUCAGUUUUAAUCCGAUUUAGUCUUAAAUUCUGUGCUCUUCCAACUUCUGCAUGUUAACUGCAGCGUCUGUGUAUAACCUACCUGAGGCCACAGCAGAACUGCUGUUGAACGCAUCCUGUGUAGACACUGAGGAAGAACUGAAGCUGCUGACAUCACUGCACAGCCAGUGUAGACAAGGUGUUAGAUUAAAAACCUGAAUGUGCAAAAACAUGCAAAAAAUCUAAAGUCAGGGCUGAUUGUGUUGCAUCAGAAGUGGUUGAUAUGACAUGAAAAUAUCAUUUAUUUUAAAAGCCAAUUCUGCUGAUUAUAUGCAUUUCAAACUUAUUUAUGUAACCAUAGCUGCUUUGCCCUAGUGUGGAUUGAUACGUGAUGGGGUUUAGAACUGUCUCACCACAUUUCCAGAGCCACGAUUCAAGGAAAUGACCUUAUAGUAAAUAAGUAAAAUGAAGUAAAAUCUGUAUUUUGUAGGAAUAUGUGUUGGUUCGGGAUGAAGAAUAAUUGUGAGCCUGUUCCUUUUGGAUACAUAGAGUAUAUUUUAAUUAAGCAGCCUCCCGAGGAGUGUGUUUUUAAACCCUUUAGAAAGGUCCGGUGGCGUCCAUUUUGUCAUACUGUCAAACAGUCUUCACAAUUUACCGAGUUACUUACUGUAGUUUCACCAGGUAACUGGGCUGCUGGGGGAUGAAGGGAGCUACAUUUGCUUUACACUAAAGCUAAUUUGCAUAUGUUGUCAUGGCAAUCUCACACUAACAGAAACACAGUUUACAUACUUGUCCACCGACUGGAGUCUUAAUUUCCCUUAGAAAUAUUUAUUACAAUCAAUUACAGAGAGAAUGUUAUAUUAAAUCAAACAACUUCAGUAGUUAUUCUUAUUUAAUGUCCACUUCCAUUCCACCUUUUUCAUGUAGGCUAAGCAAAUUAACAUCAUUAUGAAAUUAAUUGCGUAACUAGCUAAGCUAAAUGCUAUCUCCUACUGUACUUGACAAUAAGCACCUUGUGAUUGUAGCCACGAUUUUAUUUUUAUUUUUACCUCAUGUCAAAGCAACAAUCGUUAUCAGAUAUAUAACUCCAUAAAAGCAACAGCGCCGGCAUCAGUCUGAACAUGUGAUUUAUGUUCGCUAAGAGAGCCAACACGCUGAUUUUGUUGAUGUACUGUUACCACAUAAUGCAGGAGAGAUGCUACAUUUAUUCUUGGGAACACUACUCAUCUUGAUUUACAUUGUUUUGUUUAUAAUGUUUUGAAUGUUUUUUUUAUUAUUUAUCCAUUUCCGUUAGCUUCUAGGAAGCUAUUAGCUCUACGUUCUGUUUGUGUUUGUUUGUAGUGAAAAAGCAAUGUAUCGUUUUUAUUAUUUAUGCUAAAAGUAAAAAAAACAACUGUUGUUUCACAAUGUGUCUCUCAUUUAUUUAUAAAAGACUGUAGAAGUAUUGAUAAUCAAUAAAAUUGUAAUGAUA